UGUGUGUGGCUUUUCCUUUUGCCGAUUCAUUCUCUUGAUCUCUUUCAGCCGAAGAAGGGCAGAACUGCUGAACAGACGAGGCUAAUAAAGCGAGAAGUCCAAUCCCGGAUUUCCGACCACCCCCGAUUCCACCCGAUUCCACCCCACUGGCAACACUAGCUAGACCUGCUCCGUCUCGCAAUCCACCUGCAACCCACGUCGUUCCAUCAUGGCUUCCGAGCGCUACUCGUUCUCGCUCACCACCUUCAGUCCGUCGGGCAAAUUGGUGCAGAUUGAAUACGCCUUGGCGGCCGUGGCCUCCGGGGCAGCCUCGGUAGGCAUUAAGGCCGUGAAUGGCGUGGUCUUGGCCACCGAGAAAAAGCACAAGUCCAUCUUGUAUGAAGACCACUCGACCUACAAGAUCGAGAAGAUCACGGAUCACAUCGGCAUGGUUUACUCGGGUAUGGGCCCGGAUUACCGUCUCCUGGUGCGACGAGCCCGCAAGAUGGCCCAAGAUUAUCUACUCAUGUACGGCGAGACCAUCCCCACCUCGCAACUCGUCCAGCGGGUGGCCAAUGUCAUGCAGGAAUACACGCAAAGUGGUGGCGUUCGUCCAUUUGGCGUUUCACUCUUGAUCGCUGGCUGGGACGCAUCCGUUAACAACGGUUCACCCAUCUUAUUCCAAUGCGAUCCCUCCGGAGCCUACUUUGCCUGGAAAGCCACCGCCAUGGGCAAGAACUACGUUAAUGGCAAAACUUUCUUGGAGAAGCGAUACGACGACAAACUUGAACUCGAGGAUGCCGUUCAUACAGCCAUCCUCACUCUGAAAGAAGGCUUUGAGGGUCAAAUGACGGAGGAUAACGUAGAAAUUGGCAUCUGCGAUGAGAACGGAUUCCGUCGAUUCACGCCCGAGGAAGUGAAGGACUAUUUGACCAAUAUCGCUUGAUUCGUUUUUUACUAUGCAAAUACAACUCUCGAGAAAGUGAA